GUCAAAGAGGUCUGUCUUCUCAGCCUACAUUUGUGACCUUUCAUGAAAGACAUUGAGGACCAACUACACAUUUGCAAUGAAGAGUAUUCUGAAGGAAAAGGAUGGCAAGCACCCCCGCCUGCGGGUGAACAUUGAGACCGCUGGCCAAAGCCACUCCGCCGGGGCUGUGCGCUGGACGCAGCUGGAAGAUGACGUACAGGCCCACGGCAGCGCCCCCAGCACCAGCAGCGCCAGCAGCUCUGCCUCUAAAACUAAGGAUCUGAGAGAGCUACGCAAUCUGCAGGAGUGCGUCCAGUUCCUUCGUCAGUGGAAAAAGGAGGUGGACCAACUGUGUAAGCCUGGCAGUAAAAGAGAAGGGGGCGCUAAGAAGGCUGAGAAAACUGACCCUCGUACUGAGCGCAGCAAGGAAGAAUGCAGAAAACUUAUCCUGCAGUGGGCGGAGGAGCUCAAUAACGUGGACAUGCUGUUUCAGCAGAGGCCAUGGAGACAGGAGACAGCUGCAGUGGAGGGGCGGGAGAGCAGGGAGGAGGGCAUGGACCCCAAUGAGCUGGGGCAACAGAAGAUCAUGGAGUGGGCCAAAGAGUUACAGAGCCUAUCCAAGAUGAGCGGUGUGAAGCGGGAGGACCUGGCUCUGAUGCUGUAUCAGCUGGACGUGAGGAAGAGGACGCUGGCGGGCCUUCUUCCCUUCCUGGAGUUCGUCACCUGGUCCCUGCUGAAAGAAGACAAAGAGGAUGUUGUACCCCAGCUGUGGCUGUUAACGAAACAGCGCUCAUGGAAAUUGGGAAUGCAAAAAUACAUCCCAAAUUCAGUUUGGAGCUGGAUCCACAGUGCAGCAGCAAAUGUAACUCUCGACCCCAUGACCAGCCACCCUUGGCUGCUGCUCUCUGACGACUGUAAGAAGGUCCAGGAGGCCCUGGCGGAGACGGACGUCAGCUUCAGCAAGCAGCGUUUCGACAGCUGGCCAUGCGUGCUGGGCUGGGAGGGCUACUCCUGCGGCCGGCACUACUGGGAGGUAGACCUGGCCAACAAGGGCUACUGGAGGGUGGGUCUGACCACGGGGUCCUCCAAGAGGCAGGGGCGCUUUCCCAUGAACCCCAGCGAGGGCUACUGGACCCUGUGGAGAAGCACCCGUCAGUUCUAUGCCUGCACCAAGCCUGAGAUGCCACUGCCCCUGCACCUGGUCCCACGCAAGGUGGGCAUUUACCUGGACUACGAGGAGGGUCAGAUAUCGUUCUACAACAUGGAGGCCAAGUCACACAUCUUCACAUUCACUGAUACCUUCCACGAGAAGCUCUACCCACUCUUUGCCCCGCUGGAUGGGCGCACUCUCAUUACUAUCUCUUGACCCAAUUCUGAUCGCUCCCUCCCGUAGCCUGGUGAGUUCACGCCCAUGACCCCAUGACCUCUCAUGUUGAGUCAGAAUGGCAAUGCACCCCUCCCUCCGGUUCCAUGUAAAACAAAGAAAAGGGGCAGUCAUGACACUUUAAAAAUCAUAAUUUCAUAUGAGCAAAAAAAUAUAAUGCCAACGUUUCAUUCAACCGAUUUUCUUCGUUGGUGGUGCAAUACCUCCCUUGAAGAACCAGACAGUAGUGCAAAUGCGUGCAACUUUGAGGUUUUUGCUCUUUUUGUCCCGUGGUAGGAAGGUCCAAUUAUUACCCUGUAAGCAGUCAUACCAUGAGGGAAGCUAUAAUGAGGUGUUGACUCCAUGCAAAGAACAGAUGCAGGUGUAUUCUGAUGCAUAACCAUGUGGCCAUUUUCACUUUAUUUGUGAAGUGCAUGGGGUUUGGGUUUGGCCCUACAGCGUGAAUCAGGAUGGGUAAGGGUUGGGACUGUGGCUGCUCACUGCUCCUAAACAGUCAGGAUGGGUUAAAUGCAGAGAACAAAUGACCCAAUGGGGUUCAGUGAAGUAUAUAUUACCUUACUGCAAAACAGGUGACAGCAAACAACUCUUCCGCCAAUUAUACAUAAUCUAGCCUGAUUUGGAUUCUUUCCUCGAUCGUGGGGCUCAGGAUGCCUUAACUGGACAAGCCACCUGGCAGCACCUACGUUGUGUUCAUACAGGGUAAUUUUGUCUUCCUGAACACAAUGGUUGAAGCUGAAGUAAAACCAUUGGUUGCCAAGCAGGGGUACUCUGAAACCCAAAGUAAAACCAAUGGCCUGUGAUAGUACUGGGGGACAUGGCUUAUUUCUAGCGGGAGACCAAGGCCCUGCUUCACUGGGCAGUUUACUGAGGUAGAAAGGAUGUUUAUGUGCCCUGCUAAAAUUCCAAAUUCAUUUAUCUGGCUUCUGAGUUCUGACUA